CUCGGCGGCGCGGCCUUUCACGACGAUAUUGGCACGGCGGCCGCCGACAACCUGGAGCGGCUCUUCGAGUCCUCACUGCGCAAUUCCUGUGUGGACGAAUACCUCACUGCGGAAUUCGACUUCGGUGGAACAAAAACUACCAAAGAGGAACUGCAUGUCGAUCAUCAACGUACAGGUACAGAUAUUCCGGCGUCCGAAACUAAAGCCAAGCAGUUCGCCGAGAAAUUUUUUCGUCUCGCGAACGAGUCUUUGGGGAGGCUGGAGGACAAGGAGGCCCACAUUGCGCACACGAAAACGCUGACCGCGCCGUUUCCGCCGCUUUCGUUCGAGCAGAUGCAGAGCUGCAAGUACGGGGACGUUCGGGAGCUGUGCUGCGUAACUAAACCGGAGCUGCAGGCUUUCCAAGAAACUGCCCGGCUCCCCGUUCGCAUCGCCGCCUACGCCCUGCUCUGCAUCGCCUACCGGGCGUGCCCCGCUCCCGCGGACCUUGGAGUGUACCUCAUCGGUGCGGCGAUCGUCCCCUUUGCCCGGUGGCUCGCGAUGGACCUCUCCCCCUUCGGGGAGAACGCGUUGACCAAAGUGAUUUUCGGGCUGCUGAUUUUCCAGAAGUUCAUGAUGCUCUUCGUCUUCAUGGGGUUUCUCUACUACCCCUACCUCGACGCGCACCGCCGCUGGCGCCUGUCCGCCCUGAUGUUGGCACUGUUCACGAAAAACAGCAGCGCGCGGGCCCGGUGUGCCAUUGCAUCAAAUGCAAAAGUGUCUGGGUCUGGUGGAAACUUGUGAUGCUGUGUGGCGUAUCAUGAGGAGGCCACAAUUGCUGGCUCAGCGUCACAAGUUUCUGAGCUUCUAGGUAUUGCCUAUCUCACCUCCAGGGGGGGCGCGCGGACCUCGCUUGCCAUCUUGUUUGGUCUCGCGAAAGUUCCAGUUCCCACCUCGCUUGCCAUCUUGUUUGGCCUCACGCAUAAAUGUUUGCAUGUUUCAAGUCCUUUGAAAACUUUCAUGGGCUCACGCACAUCCGAGAUCGGGGGGGUGGGAGGGGGUCUCCAAGCCAGAAAAAAAAUUCCCCCGAGUGUGAAUCGGGAAUAUCAAGGUGCCUAUUCUGCAUGACAAACAGCGUUUCUGCAUCACAGAAAAAUGGAGCUCUUGGGUAACGUGCGUGACAGAUUUAAGAGCCAUGCCGGACAAGCAUGACAAACAUGCAUUCUUCCAGACCCAGACAUUUUUACAUUUGAUACAUUGACACGUUGGACGACGCGGAGACGAAAAGGCUGUUGCGAUUUUUGCUCGGGGAAGAGGAAGAGUUGGCUCCUCCAACUACUGGGAAGAUGAAAGGGAAGACAGGUGGAACAACACUUAUGGAGCAAGCACCUACGUCGACCACGCCAACCACAACUGUGAACAGCAGCAGCACCUCUGCGCUCGCAAUAGUAUCUUCGUGUCAAGCGCAGAUUUCGUCUGCAAAGGACGUGAAGGCGUUCUGGGUGCUUUGCCGAAUUCUAUCCCCCACCUUGAUGCAACAAACGAUGCUGCGGUAUAACUGCGGGUUUGCCGUCCUGUCCAUGCUCUACUUGCUCGGGUGCUGCGGGCUUGUGAUUCUCCAAGUCUCCACCUCUAGCACCAGCAGAUCUGGCGGAACGACUGCAGGCGGCACUGGUUCUUCUACGUCUGGAACGACCUACGAAGAUGCAGCCACAAGUUCAUCAAAAGUCUACUGGCCCGUGAUUUUCGAGGUCGCGUAUAUUUUCGUAUUCGUCACGGUCUCCCUCCUGGCGACGAUUAUGUACGGCGAAAGGUGCAACCAAAACUUCAAGCAACUCGCGCAAGCCUGCCGGCGACUGGGAAUCGAAGCCGGGGUCAGGCGGACGGAGAGAAAACGCAGAUUUAUUUCUACGUUCUCUGCUGCAAGUGGGAAUAAUGUUGGUGCCCCACCAACAUUAACCGCAGUCGCAGACGAAGAAGUAGAAACCGAGCUAGAGUUGGUACAGACCCUUGCCCCUGAGCUGGCGGAAGAUUUGUCUACGCAUUACGAACUGCUGCCGCUGCGUUUCUUGUACCAGAAAGCGGACCGCUCCUUGGUGAACGCUCUGUACGCUUAUGUGUCUUUUCUGGUUUCGGCCGUUCUAGCUGCCUUGAUCGCAAAUGGACACUUGGACUUCCUUGGGAGUGGGGCUUGGGGCGAGUAGUCGCGGGAGGUGAAGAUUCACAUGCCGAAAGAUGACAAUCAUAGUUUGUUAGGUAUGCUACUCUGAGCUGUCAUCGUGGAUUGCGGUUGUUUUUGUAGCUUUCCACAGCCGCGAGUAGAUGCUAGAAAUACAUUGGUUUCGCUGUUAACAGGCCGAUCGUGGCAUUGCUGGAGCUGCUUGGAUAUUCAAGACAAGCGAGCAAAAGCAUGAGGACUGCGACCAGAGAGAGAGAGCUGAGGCGUCCUCCACCUUCAUAAGUUCGCGAAAAUGUACUGCAGAUAUUCGCUGAUUGUUGCGCGUGCGGACAACAAUCAUGCAAUGUAAAAGCUUAGCCUCAAC